AUGGUGACACGCAACUUCCACACAAACACAACCACGCACGUGAUGCUGCCCCGGGAGCUGUCCAAGCAGGUGCCCAAGACCCACCUGAUGUCGGAGGAGGAAUGGCGCCGGCUGGGCGUCCAGCAGAGCCUCGGAUGGGUCCACUACAUGAUCCACGAGCCCGAGCCGCACAUCCUCCUCUUCCGGCGACCCCUGCCCAAGGACCAGCCCAAGUGACGGGGGACCCCCCCCCC